UUUAAAGUAUCAAAAUAAGGAAACACAUCAAAGAACAGGAUCAAAACCGAAAACAAACUAUUGGAAAUUGAAUUUUGAUGCAAUCAAAUUUUUUGUUAAUUUCAGGGGGAUCUUUAUUUAGCGGCCCCGUUUAUUCAAUGAACCCACUGAUAGUCUACGGUGAUCGCGGAAGGGUUUUAGGUAAAAGACGCACGCGCAGGCGAUGGCAAAGGCCAAAAGAGUCGACCCACUUGUCGUUUUCAUUGAUAUACCAAGUUGUUUUGCGUCGGUCGACGGUUGACGAUGCUUUAUAUGGAGACUGUUCUUAAGAUACCGGAACUUCCAUCGGCCAGUUCCAUUUUGAUUCUGCGAUCAAUCUCUACAUUUUAUUUUGUCUCUUGGAAAAUCAAAUCUGUUGACAUUGUGAACUCUGGUGUUUUGCUUCUGGACAUUUUGGACCAUUUGAUGUGGAUUUAAAAUUUAAAAAAAAUUAAAACAGUUGCCUCAAAGAAAAACAGAUGGUCAUUCGCGCUUGACGUUCUCUUCGUGGACAAAUUAAAUGACGCCUUCAAUAACUUUGUUCUCGUCUGAUGUUGCUUCAUUUACAAGCUGCUCCGGAACCGCUGACGGCUAAUGACAGGUGAGACGUUGGCCCCGCCCCGGAAGCUUAUCAGAAAAAUAUAAAAAAAUAAAAAAAGAAGAGACUAGUGUCAUCAGACAUUGUGACAAAUAAAGAAAGCCAGAAGAAGAAAACUAAUAAUGCCACAUUACCACCGGUCUUCCUUCCGGACGUUUAUCCUAAUGAUGAUGGCGCUGACGUUGCUGGUCAUUGGCCGACUUCAUGCGACGUCAAACUCGAGACCCCCGUUCAAUUUCACUUGGCCAACGAAAAAAGCGUCUGAAGUGGAAGGUGAUCUCAUCCUCGGUGGUCUCAUGAUGAUCCACGAAAGACAAGAUGACAUCACCUGCGGACCUGUCAUGCCGCAAGGUGGCAUUCAGGCUUUGGAGACGAUGUUGUUCACCAUCGAUCAAAUCAAUCCGAUCCUGUCCAGCACGGUCGGUUUCACUAUCGGAGCUCACAUCUUGGACGAUUGCGACAAGGACACGUACGGACUGGAACAGGCCGUCGCAUUCGUCAAAGGUUCUAUAAGUAAUAUCGACGACACAGAUUACAAAUGUCUGGACGGGACAGUACCGGAUGUGAGGAAUAAAGUCAUCUCUGGUGUUGUGGGCGCCUCGUCUUCGGUGACCUCAAUCCAGGUGGCAAAUCUUUUGCGACUCUUUAGGAUCCCCCAGGUUUCCUUCUUCUCGUCGAGUCCCGAACUGAGUAACAAGCAACGCUUUGAAUAUUUCACGCGGACAAUUCCGUCCGACCAUCACCAAGUGAUGGCCAUCGUCCAGAUGAUUCGUUUCCUCAAAUGGACCUACAUUUCCAUCCUCUACGAAGAAUCCACGUAUGGUAUCAAGGCAUUUGAGGAGCUGGAAGUGCUGCUGGCCAAGAACAACAUUUGUAUCGCUGUCAAGGAGAGGUUGGUGAAGGAUUCGGGCGUGGCCGGCGAAGCGGCCUACAAUGGCAUCGUUCACAAGUUGAACUCGAAACCGAAAGCGAAAGGUGUCAUCAUUUUCGGGUCGGAUCAGGAAGUGUCGGAAGUGAUGCGAGCCGUUCGACGCAACAAUCUGACGGCCAAUUUCAGCUGGAUAGGAUCUGAUGGAUGGGCUGGCCGGCUGCUCGUCUCCGAAGGCAACGAACCAGAAGUCGAAGGCACUUUGGCUUUUCUUCCGCAAGCCCAUCCCGUUAGGGGAUUCGAUAAUUACUUUCUUUCGCUCACGCCACUCAACAACAAGCGCAAUCCCUGGUUCAUUGAAUUCUGGGAAAAUCAUUUCCAAUGUCGGUACCCGUCCAGUCCACCAACUCCUUACAACCAGAAUUGGCAGAGGACGUGCACGGGUCGAGAAAAACUCAGCCCUGAAGGGACCGAAUUCGAGCGACAAUUGCAAUACGUCUCCGACGCUGUCAUGGCUUUCGCCAAUGCUUUCAAGGACAUGCAUCAGACGGUUUGCAAAGGCCAACGAGGACUGUGCAAAGAAAUGGUGCCUAUCGAUGGAAGUGAAUUGCUCAAGUACCUGAGACGAGUUGAAUUCACAGGAUUGAGUGGUGAUCGUUUCCAAUUUGACGAUUAUGGCGACGGCCCUGCCCGCUACGAUUUAAUUCAUUUCAAGCAAGUCUCGACCGGUCGAUAUCGAUGGCUGCCAGUUGGCGAGUACCACUCGGGACAACUAAAACUCGAUGAGAACGAGCUUCUAUUCCGCGGAGAUCAGGUGAUGCCACCGGAAUCUAUUUGCAGUCGGCCGUGCAACGGGUCACAAGCGAAAAAGUAUGUGGAAGGAGAGGGAUGUUGUUGGACGUGCAUCGAAUGCGUCCUCUAUCAGAUCCGGAAUCCGGAUGACGAAACGCAAUGCUCAGCUUGUCCGCAAGGCACUCUACCCAAUGCGGAACGGAGUCAAUGUCUAUCCAUUCCUGAGGUUUACCUUCGCCCGGACACCGGAUGGGCCAUUGGAGCCAUGUCAUUUUCGACGAUCGGCAUCCUACUCACCUUUGCAGUUUUAGGUGUGUUUUUGCAACACAAUGACACGCCAGUGGUGAGAGCAUCUGGACGAGAAUUGAGUUACGUCCUGCUCAGUGGCAUCCUUCUCUGUUACAUGGUAUCCUUCCUGUUUGUCCUGCGACCAACGGACAUUGUUUGCGGAGUCCAGCAGACGGCCAUUGGCCUUUGUUUCAGCGUCGUUUACGCCGCAUUGUUUACCAAAACAAAUCGAAUCGCCCGCAUCUUCCGCGGUGGCAAGAAAUCCGCAGGACGACCGGGACUCAUCUCACCCAAAUCGCAAUUGGUCAUCUGUGGUGGCCUGGUCACUGUCCAAGGACUCAUUUUGCUGGCGUGGCUGUGGAUUUCACCGUCGGUGGCUAAACACGUUCAUCCGACACGUGAAGACAAUUUGCUCGUGUGUUCCUCAUUCACCGACGCUUCUUACAUGAUGGGGUUUGCAUAUCCGAUCCUUUUGAUUCUUCUGUGCACCGUUUACGCGGUGGUGACUCGCAAAAUUCCAGCCGCUUUCAACGAGUCAAAGUACAUUGGGUUCACAAUGUACACAACUUGCGUCAUCUGGCUGGCCUUUGUGCCCAUCUACUUCAGUACGGCGAGCCAUUUGCCGCUAAGGAUCACGAGUAUGAGCGUCACUAUCAGUCUGAGCGCCACCGUCACGCUGGCCUGCCUCUUUUCUCCCAAACUUUACAUCAUCAUUUUCCACCCGGAACGCAACGUCCGACAAGCUUUGACUAUGCCGACGUCCAAAUCAUCGGUUCACCACAAAAACUCGAACCAGUCUUCAAACAACGGCCAUUUGCUGAAUGGUGCGAGUAAAACGACAGAAUCGGUGAAGGGGCUGAUGGCAUCGUCUGCUGUCCACCAACCGUCGCCGACGGCUUCGAUGUCUUCGUCGACGACGCCGCAACAGCAGAUGACAUUUCCCGAAGCUCAUCUGCAGACGGAAGUUGUUCCAGGCCAGCAGUACGACGGUGACCUUACUGUCAAAGUGAUGACCAAUAGCGGCACGAUUUCCGUUUCUCGAAUUCAUUUGACGGACAAGAUUCAUCACUCUGCUAUGAACGAUAGAAAUCAUCACCAAACACCUUUUCGACAUGUUUCCCUAUAGAAAAAUGAUUUCAACAGGAGAAGACAAAAAAAAAAAGGCCGUGUGUGAGUAUU